GUCCUCUUCAUCAACGCCACUCUCAUUAUUUAAUGAAAUCACCACCGUUCUUUUCCCAAAACUGACCCGCGAAAGCGCAUUGGUCCACUAUCGCGAUGUCACAAGCCCCCUCACCUGCAGCCUCAGUCGCAAGUGCGAUUCAUGACGGACGUAUCCACGUUCUCCUGGCAGCGAGCGGAUCAAUAGCUACAAUCAAGCUUCCUCUGAUCAUUUCAGCCCUGCAACGCCACUCCAACGUCAGGAUCCGCGUGAUCCUCACCAAAACGGCCGCGCAGUUCCUGGCGGGGCAGUCUCCGGAGCAGCCGACAGUGGAAUCGCUCGCGGCACUCCCCAACGUCGAAGGCGUCCACCAGGACGAAGACGAAUGGGUCGAGUCCGGGGCAAGAGGGGCGCAGAUUCUGCACAUCAACCUCCGGCGAUGGGCUCAUAUCCUGGUCAUCGCGCCGCUAAGCGCCAAUACGCUGGCCAAAAUCGUCCACGGCAUGUCGGAUAACCUGUUGCUGGAUACUGUGCGCUGUUGGGAUACCACGGGCCUGAUCGACGGGAAGAAGGCCAGGAUCGUCGUGGCGCCGAGUAUGAAUACGGCCAUGUGGUUUCACCCCAUCACUGCGCAACAGAUACGGGUCCUCGAAGAAGACUGGGGCGUUGGCAACGACGUCGACGACGCCGGGGAUAAGGACGGUCCCGCUGGACGGGGCUGGUUUGAGGUCCUGAGGCCCAUGGAAAAGAGGCUCGCCUGUAAUGACGUCGGGCUGGGAGCCAUGAUGGAAUGGUCAGAGAUAGUGAAGGUCAUCGAGCAGAGGUUAGGGCUCUCAUAACUUAUAAUCCUGGG